GCUGUGGAACACCCCCCUCUGGUUCCCAGCUCAGGUGGUGCGGUCGGGUUUGGAGCAGGAAGUGGGAAGACUGUGGCCAGGAAAGCUGACGACUUUUUUUUCUUUAUAACUAUUAUCACAUUCUCUAUACGCGUUAUUUUCUUAAAGAAUACUUGCAUUAAGGAAGGCAUCGAAGUACACUGUCAUGUGGAAGGCAGCCGCUGGUCAGUCCGUCUCUGUGUCCGUGGAUGAUGGAGGAGAUGAUUGGGAGACCGACCCAGACUUUGAGAAUGAUGUGUCCGAGAAGGAGCAGCGCUGGGGUGCCAAGACUGUGGCCGGCUCCGGACAUCAGGAGCACAUCAAUAUUCAUAAGCUGCGUGAGCGAGUGUCGUCUGAACACACGGAGCUGAAGCAGAAGGAGCUGGAGCACAUGCCCAAGGCGUCGCACGGGUACGGAGGAAAGUUUGGGCUGCAGCAGGACCGCAUGGACAAGUCGGCCGUGGGACACGAGUAUCAGAGCAAGCUCUCCAAACACUGCUCCCAGACGGACACCUCCAAGGGCUUCGGAGGUAAAUUCGGCGUGGAAGCGGACCGUGUUGACCAGUCUGCCGUGGGCUUCGAGUACGCUGGGAAAACAGAAAAACACGCCUCGCAGAAAGACUACGCCGCGGGGUUCGGCGGCCGAUACGGGGUGCAGGAGGACCGUGUGGACCGCAGCGCCGUCGGCUUCGAUUAUCAGGGAAAAACAGAGAAGCACGAGUCACAGAAAGAUUACGCUAAAGGCUUCGGAGGCAAAUUCGGAGUGGAGACGGAUAAAGUGGACAAGAGCGCCGUGGGCUUCGAGUACCAGGGAAAGACUGAGAAACACGAGUCUCAGAAAGACUAUGUGAAGGGCUUCGGAGGGAAGUUUGGCGUUCAGACGGACCGUCAGGAUAAGUCUGCGGUGGGAUGGGAUCAUCAGGAGAAACUGCAGCUGCACGAGUCACAGAAAGAUUAUGCUAAAGGAUUCGGAGGGAAGUACGGUGUGCAGAAUGACCGAAUGGACAAGAGCGCCGGCUCGUUCGAGGAGGUGCAGAAGCCCAGCGCGGCGUAUCAGAAGACCCGUCCGGUGGAAGCAGCCGGCAGCGGCGCCGGAAGCAUUAAAGCUCGCUUCGAGAACAUGGCGAAGCAGAACGAGGAGGAGGACAGGAGGAGAGCAGAAGAAGAGCGCGCUCGACGACAGAGCAAAGAGAAGCAGGAGCAGGAGGAGGCACGCAGACGCCAGGAUCUGCUCGUGGAGCCCGUCAGUGAGGCGCUGGAGAACGGUGCAGACGUGUACGAGGUGGAGCCGGUCUCCACAGAACACACACAUGAAGAAGCGCUGGAGGAAGACCUGUACCAGAACCCUGAGCCGGACCAGCAGAACCAGACCACAGGGCCGUAUGAGUACGGGGAGGAUCUUGGCAUGACGGCUGUGGCGCUGUAUGACUAUCAGGCUGCGGGUGACGACGAGAUCUCCUUCGAUCCGGACGACAUCAUCACAAACAUCGAGAUGAUCGACGAGGGCUGGUGGAGGGGUGUGUGCCGCGGCGCGUACGGACUCUUCCCCGCCAACUACGUCGAAGUCCGACAGUAGACUCGCUCCACGCGCUCUCCUCAGACGUCCGGCCUCGAGUUCACGCUUUCAUCACUCUCUUCUUUCACUGUAACGUCUCCAGCCUUCUCCAGUCAUUCUGCUUCCUUCAGCUCAACUCUCACUUCCUGUUUCACAUCAGUAGGUGUGUGCACUUUACUGGAUCCAGGUGCCAUUAGAGAUUUAAUAUCACUUCUGAGAACGUUUAACUGCUCACACACACACACACACACACAUACACACACACACACACACACACACACACAUACAUCCGUGUGUGAAAUAAGAGACCAGAGAUCUGAGAUCUUCUGGUGAGUUUUAGAGAAAUGAUGUCAUUUGUCGUGAACACAGGUGUCUUCUUUGACUCCCAAAGCUGCGUCCGUACGAACACUUUUACUUCAUUUCCGUGUCUUAAGUUCGAGAAUAUGAACUAAUGAAGGCCAAAAUAUAAUGCCAUAAUAGAUCACUGCUAUCACGUGUGUGUACAGGAUGAACAGACUCUCCAUCGCAGUGUUUGAAACCGUUUAUAAGAAUCCCUGUGGUGGUAUUAGAAGGGUUGUGUAUUAAUAUCAGAUGUUGAUGUGUUAUGUGAAGUGAACUCUGUCUGUUCUUCUCUGUGCUCUGUUCAUCUGACCUCGCUCUCGAUGUGUCCAUCUCUGUGUGAGUACAGGACAUUUCUGUCAGUGACCGCUGAGUUUAAUGACAAUCCACACAGGUGCAGCGGAGGUAAUUCUGUUUAGUGGCCUAGCAGCAACUAAUGACAUUAUCUGUGUUGUGCAAUUUUAGUUUAGUAACCUUUUCAAACACAUGAAGUGCUUAUCUAUACUGGCUCUCUUUACCAGGCUGUUUUAUAAAAAUAUCAUUUAAGAAUAAACUAAUACAACUAGUA